AUGCCGUCCAUUCCUGUUCCUUUGCGCUCUGUACAACGAGCAAUUGCCAAUCCAUUUGGCCUGUCUCCUAUUUUCCUGGCUCAACGUCCGUCCUUGACUCAUUGUCCUUCCCUGCACCGACUCAUCUCAAAUAAAAAUAAUAUCUCUGCCCCCACCAUCCCCCACCAAGUUUAUCCCCGCCGCACUCGCCAGUUUUCCUCCUCCCAUCGCUCCGCUGAAUCAAUCAUGGCCAAAGACAAGGGUUCCUCUUUCAACCUCAAGACCCCCAAGGGCACCAAGGAUUGGUCCGGCUCCGAUGCCCUCCUCCGAGACCGCAUUUUCACCACCAUCGCAAACGUCUUCAAGCGCCACGGCGGUACCGCACUAGACACCCCAGUCUUCGAGCUGCGCGAGAUUCUAGCUGGCAAAUAUGGCGAGGACUCAAAGCUCAUCUACGAUCUGAAGGACCAGGGUGGCGAGAUCUGCUCGCUGCGUUACGACCUGACAGUCCCCUUUGCGCGCUGGCUCGCCAUGAACUCCGACGUCCGCAGCAUCAAACGCUACCACAUCGCCAAGGUCUAUCGCCGUGAUCAGCCCGCCGUUAGCAAGGGCCGCAUGCGUGAGUUCUACCAGUGCGACUUCGAUAUCGCCGGUACCUUCGACGCUAUGGUGCCCGAUGCCGAGAUCCUGCGUAUCGUCAGCGAGGUCUUCGAGGAGCUAGGCUGGACCGGUCGAUACACUAUCAAGCUCAACCACCGCAAGAUCCUGGACGGUGUCUUUGCCGUCUGUGGUGUGCCCGAGGACAAGCUCCGCCCUAUCUCCAGUGCCGUCGAUAAGUUGGACAAGAUGCCGUGGGCGGAUGUGCGCAAGGAAAUGGUCAAUGAUAAGGGUCUUGACCCCGAGGUUGCGGAUCGUAUUGAGAAAUACGUUAUGCACAAGGGCUCGCGCGAGCUGCUCGACUCUCUCCUCAAGGAUGAGACCCUCAUCGCCAAUGCCUCCGCCAAGGCCGGUCUCGAGGAAAUGGCUUUGAUGAUGGACUACCUAGAGGCAUUCGGAGCGCUGGACAAGAUCUCAUUCGACAUGUCCCUUGCCCGUGGUCUCGACUACUACACCGGUGUCAUCUACGAGGUUGUCACCGAGGGUUCUGCUGGUGUGCAGGCCGAUACCCCAGAGGCACAGAAGGCCGAGAAGUCCAACAAGAAGGGCAAGGCCAAGCCCUCCGAGGACGACGACCGAUCUAACGACCCUACCCUCGGCGUUGGCAGUGUUGCUGCUGGUGGCCGCUACGAUAACCUAGUCGGCAUGUUCUUGCCCAAGGCGCAGAUUCCCUGUGUCGGAAUCUCAUUCGGUGUCGACCGUAUCUUCUCUAUCACCAAGGCCCGCCUCGAGCGCGAGCAAAAGUCCGAUGCCCUUCGCAACAGCGAGGUUGACGCCUACGUCAUGGCCUUCGGUGGUAAGGGCUUCAACGGCAUGUUGAAGGAGCGUAUGGAAAUUUGCCAGAAGCUGUGGAGCGCUGGUAUCAAGGCUGAAUUCUCCUACAAGCUGAAGCCCAAGCUGCCCCAGCAAUUCAAGGCCGCUGAACAAGGUGCCAUCCCCUUCGGUAUCAUCCUCGGCGAGGAAGAGCUCGCUGCUGGCAAGUGCCGCAUCAAGGAGAUGGGUCUGCCCGAAGGACACCCCGAGAAGGAGGGUGUCGAGGUCGAAAUCCCCUCCCUGGUUUCUGAGCUGCAAACUCGUCUUGCUAAGAAGCAGCAGGGUGCUGUCUCUUCUUUGGCAGCCCAGCUGCAGGGUACCAGUGUUUAA